AUGGGAAUUUCGAAAACUCUGAAGGUUGAUGCCGCUUUAUUGGUGCCGUUACAAUUUGUAGAUUUUAUCAUCGUUGCUCAACCAAGUUGCGAUAUUCGGCCGAAAGCGCAGGUGCAAGAUGUUGCGUUUGAACCUGCUGGUAGAAAUGAAUCUACUUUGUCAUCUUCAAGUGCUUCUGGUGUCAUCGAGUUAAUCGAGAAUCUGCACGAUGAAAAGUUGGUUUCCAGCACCCAAGCUUCUCUUCUCAAAAAUAAAUACCUAAAAAUUUACAGGAUGCUUAAUGAUCUCGCUAACACGUGUUUCAGGUCCCGUGAUAGCGAAUUCCGAUUGGUUAAUCAGGCAAAACAAUAUGCAUUUGAACUUCGUAACCUUGAGGAGACACUUGCCAAGGCAGACAACUAUCCGGAGUCGUACAACACGCAAGCGGACAAACUGCGAAAAGAGCUGCUCACCGCGGAAAAUCAACUUCUGUGCUGCGAAGGAAGAUGCGAUGAACUUGGCUACAUUAUUGAAGGAUUAAGAGAUGAAGAGAGAAUGUUGAGACGCGAAUGCAAGAGAAAGCCAAAAGGAGAGGAGCUUGAAACUCAGCGAAUUCAACUCGAGCGAACCAUUGAGGAAUUACAAGCAGAGAAACUAAAACAUACAAACGAUGGAAAGCAUUUGAUUCAAACUCUCAGAGAAGAACGGGAUGCACUUGCAGAAGAAGAACAACUGGCCAACAAUACCUACGAGCAGCUGCAAUCCUUGAAGGACGAAUUGAGUGGUACAAAUUCAGUGCCUAUUCGGUGCCAGAAAAAGUGUGCGAAGAUUGAGAAGCAACAAUUGGAGGCGAAACAGCUUUUUGAUGAUUCAGUCGCUGAACAUAGCCGUCUGCAGGAGGAAUUGGACACACUGGAUUCUUGCCGAGUACAGCUGGAAAUGGAAAGUGCCAAGCUGAGCAGACAGUAUGCCAAAAGGCACAGAAAAAUCUACGAUAUGCAAUCAGAUUACGACGCAGCUACAGUUGAACUAGAAGAGGCGCAGCAGAAGGCCGCUGAAUAUGCACUACAGAAAACUGAAAUGGAAUUGAAUAUGAAGCACUUGAGGAGCGAGAGGAUGCGCCUGGGUGAGCAGCUAAAGUCCAUCACACGAGAACGCGACAAUGCAGUUCGCGGAGUCAGAAAAUCGGAAAUUGGCCUUCGAGGACUUCGUGAUGCUAUCAAGUUCCAGAAGGCCCUCUGCACGGAGAAGAAGAACGCCUGUGAACAGAUGAGGCAGAUGGGAUCCGAUAAGGAGUUGAUGAAGCGCCGUGCGCUGUUGCUCAAACAAGUGAUAGACAAACAAAAUGAGUUGAUUGGGCAAUGUAACCUGUCUGAAUCGGAAAAGAACAAUCUUGAGAGGCUACUAAAAACAGAGAGCAAACUUAAACAGCAGCUGGCCGAUUUGGUCACAGAAACGGUUGAACUGUCACGGUUGGCCACAGCCAAAGCUGAAGAGAGAGAGAUAAAGUCACGAGAACUUCAGACGGCGACUGUACGUUAUGCACGCAUUCGAGAUGAAAUCAAAUCAAAGGAACUGCAAAUUAUGGAAUAUGAGAAGUCACUGCGUAAUACGCAGAAACAACUAACGGAUUUCUCCAAUCUCUAUAAUGCGAUAAGAGAAGAGCGCAACAACUGCAUGAAUCUGAUUCAGUUGGCUCAACAAAAAAUGCAAGAGAUGCAAGAAAAACUCGGAAUGCGCACAAAUGACUUGAAGGUACUACAGAACACAUCAAGACGGACGGUGGAGUUGAUCGGCCAGCAACGAAUCAAAAUCAAAGAGGCUCUGCAUGAAAGGGAUCAGAUUCGACAAGAAUUGUCCAAACAGGUAUGCGUAAUGCGAGAUCACGAAACCAAACGGGACCAGCUUCAGUUGUCCAUUGAACAUGAAAACCUAACAAUACACAAGACAAAAGAUCAUAGAGCAAAGAUACAGAAUAUGAUUGGCCGUGCAAUAAAAGUGCGGAAUGACCGAGUAAACCAAUUGGUUGAAAGGAAUGAGGAAGUUUGUGUUUUGCAAGAGAAGAUUCGUCUGCAAGAAGAUGCCCUAGCAAAAGGGGAUUUGGAGCUUAAUCGGUUGGAUGAACAAUUGCGGUGGCUGGGACAAGAAAAACGUGACCUAGAGAACGGUAUUAUGGUUCUCAGGAAGAAACUGAAACAGCGCAAGGAGCUGGAAGACGAAAUGUCAAAUAAGCAAGUUCAGUUGGCAAUGCUGCAAGACACAUCACGUCAAAUGGAACUAGCUGUGACGGACCCAACAGCCCAGAUAAGAGAUCCAAUCACAGGUGACCCGCUCCUGGAUGAUCCGGUCAUAUUCGGCACAGCGGCUAGCGGUGUACUGGUACCCGUGAAACGACUUCGAGAAGUGAGAAAUCGGGAGCCGGAUCCCACACAACUGCGAGUAAAGAUUGACGCUAUUCAGGUCCAGCUACUGGUACGAGAACGCAAAUUGCUCGAGUGCGACUUACUGUUGCAGGCCGUGAAUCGGCUUGUAGCCAACUUACAGGGUCAAGCUGCAAUAGGAAGAGAUACAACACUCAAACUGGCCAAAAAGAUGAAUGAACGCCACACUGAUGUAGAACAGACCAACAAAAAAAUGAAAGCAAUGGUAGCGGAGUUGAACAUGUUAAGGUCAAUGGCAUUCAACCUUGAACGAGAAGUUAAAGAACUUCGAAUGCUCGUGCUGGACAUACAUCGUUCUAUGCAAAUGGGCGACUUUUCCUCAGGACACCUGAAACUUAUGUGGACAAAAGCACCGAAAAACAGAGAAAAUGUAAUGCAAAGACCAAAAAUUAUACAAACAACUCCGAGAUCCGAACGUCACAACACUUACUGCACACAAGAAGACACAGAAACCAAGAGAAAAGGAGAAACUGUUGACAAAACGCUCCCAUUUGGGACUCCAAAAUCCCUAUCACAAACGGAACCUGGUUCUAAAAAGCGUCCUACAACUCCACAAAGUAGCUGACGCAUAUUUGGUUCAGAUUUUGCCAGUUUCGUUCAGCACUUCAAGAAAGCGUUACAAAAAUUGCUCUG